UUUUUUUUUUUGCCUAUGAGUGAAAGUGAAAUACUCUGUUUCUCUGAAGAGGGAUUAGUAAACAGUGCUGGCAUUUUGGCUCAAAAUUGUUAGCUUAUAAUAUAAAUAUUUGUAACCAAGGAUUCAUUUUACCACAGAUUUUAAACCUGCACUAUUUUUCUGACACCAAAACGGUGUUACUUGAUCGGCUACAUAUGGGUAAAUUUCAUUUAGGGCCAAACUUCACCUUUUAUACACCCUUUAGUGUCACAACAACAGAUGGUAUCACAUAUACACUUAUCAAAACCAGAAUAAUGGAUGUAAUGAGCAAGUAAGACCUCUAACUGAGUUUCUUUUCAUCACUCAGCAACAUGGAGGACCUGGUAGCAGAAGGUAUAACACUUAAGAUGCUUAAUGACGCUCGGGAGACUGUCAUGAGCAGCCCUUUGGGAGUAAUAAAAACACCCAUGAUCCUCUUGAGCCAGACCACACUGCCGCUCCAGGUGCCCUGUAAUGCCUAUCUGAAGUUGGAGAACAUGCAAAGAACAGGAUCAUUUAAGAUUAGAGGUGUAGCAAAUCAGUUCGCUCGAAGAUCCAGCGGGGGCCAUUUUGUCACAAUGUCUGCUGGGAAUUAUGGGAAGUCCUUUGCUUAUGCCUCUAAACACUACGGAACUAAAGGCAAAGUGGUGAUGCCUGAAACGGCUCCUAUCUCCAGAUCUCUUCUGAUACAAAGUUUUGGCAUCGAGGUUGAACGAGUGCCCACCACGUGUCUUUUGGAUGUUGUCAAUCGAUGCGUUCAAGAGGAAAAAAUGACUUUUCUUCAUUCCUACAAUGAUCUGGAUCUCGUAGCAGGACAUGCCAGUCUGGGGUUUGAGAUCCUGGAGAUGCUUCCUAAUCCUGAUGUGGUAGUGGUGUGCUGCGGUGGAGGGGGUUUACUGGCCGGAGUAGCGGCAGUCAUUAAGCUUUCGGGUUGUGAGGAUACAAGAAUUUAUGGAGUGGAACCAGAAGGAGCAUGCACCAUGUACAAAAGCUUCAUAGAGAAAAAACCUGUUGGCAUGGACAGCAAAAGCAUUGCCUCUGGUCUUGCACCACCCUUUGCAGGUGCCCUGCCAUAUGCCAUGUGUCAGAAGUACGUGGAGGAGAUCGUGUUGGUGACUGAUGAUGAAAUCAAGUCUGCCGUUUCUGCUCUCUACAAAGCCGGCCUAGUCGUAGAACCCUCAGGAUCUGCUGCCUUUGCUGCCCUCAUUAACAGCAAAAUACCAGACGUUACUGGCAAGAAUGUUGUCGUAAUACUGAGUGGAGGAAACAUCGGCAAAGAUGAACUUACCAGCUUUCCAGACUGAUUUAUACACAACACCUUAUUUAGCUUGUUGUAUUAUCUGUUGAAAUAUUUUUGGGCUGUAGAUGAAGACCAAACAGAUCAUCUUUAUUUUUCAUAAUGGAAAACACUAAAAUCAAAUAAUUUGGUUGCAUAAUAAACUAGUUUUCAUAUUUUUGAGUGUAUGAUGUUUUUCCCUCACCCUUUUCCUGCAGUCAUGUUACUGAGCAUUUUAUCUUCCAAAGAACCACACACACACACACACACACACAAGGAAGACUUUUGCUCUCUUACACUGUCUGUGGAUGUCUGUAUCUAAAGCUAAAGGACUUUUCACUGACUUAGUAGCAGUUGUACUUGGAUUCGUCUCAGUCUUUGGCAAUGGUCUUUUUUUGUGACCAAGAGUUUGUA